GCCACAUAACUGAGACAACUUCUCAGAACUUGACACUCAGCAAAGAAAGAACCCCUCUCUGGAGCUCUCUCUUCAGAUCUCUCAUUCCUCUAGAACCCCUUCAAAAAUGCGAGAAAGAACCCGAGAAAAGAAAAUCAAAACCAGCCCCGAACCCCAAUUCCAGCCAAUUAUCAGCAGUAUUCCUGAUGAUAUUUUGCUUCAAAUAUUCACAAGGCUUCCGGUCAGAUCCCUGGGGAGGCUCAGCUGCGUUUCGAAAUCUUGGCAUUCCUUGAUCUUCAGCCCCAAUCUCGUCAAAUCCCAUUACAAAAGAUGCACGGAAGACAAGGAAAACGAGCAUCAUAGGAUCAUGUUCUUUAAGGUUGAGCUGGAACAUGAUGAAAGGCUCGGGUACGGGUUCGAGCUCGGGGUCAACUUUAGGCUCAGGCAGUUUGGGUGUUCCCUUCAUAGUGCUUUUUCCUGUGUGUUACCCAAGAAAAUUGAGGUAACCAACGACUUUAUUAUUAGUAUUCCUGUUGAAAAAUUCAGGUAUUAUAUAAACAAGACUUGGGGUUCUUGUCGUGGGUUGGUUUUGAUCAUGGUUGAGGGAGAAAGUAUGUUGUUGUGGAAUCCUGCUACAAGAAACUAUAGAGAGUUGCCUGAUUCUGGGAUUAAAAAGGAGCAUAAGUUACCCGGCUCUUCUCGCUUGUCAUGUGGGAUUGGUUAUGAUGAGUCUAAUGAUGAUUUUAAGGUUCUUGUACUUUCCUCAGUUGGUGGUAUGCGGAAUGAGACUCUGGCUAAGGUUUAUAGCUGGAAGACGGAUUCUUGGAAGAAGAUUGAAGAUCUUAAGUACUCUUUGAUUGAGCUAGGCGGCUGUUAUUGUCUGAAUGGGAUUUUCCACUUUAUUGCAUAUGAUCCUCAAAGUCGUGGUAUUUGGAAUAUAGCUUCUGAGCGGAAAAUUGUAGGUCUUGAUUUGGCGAAUGACAUUUUUAAAGAGAUAGAACUCCCUGAAGAGGUGAUUACCAAUUGUACGUGGAAAAUAGGAACAUUAAGAGGAUGCCUCUCUUUGUUCCUUUAUUCUGGAGGCAAUCAGGUGGAUGUAUGGCUCAUGAAGGAGUAUGGAGUAAGAGAAUCUUGGUCUAAAGUGGUUGUUGUUCCUUGUUUUCAGUAUCCUGAUGGUAAUGUAUUCAGCAAGCCUUUGAUUUUAUCAGAGAAUGGUCAGCUUCUGUUUGUGACUGGGCCAAGACCAAAGUUGGGAGUUUAUGAUCCAAAUGAGAAUUCACUCCACUAUUCUCAGUUUAUUAACUUGGAAUAUCAUUAUGAAGUAGAUGUGUGUGUUGAAAGCUUAAUUUCUCCGUAAUGCUGUUCAUGGAUUAAAAGGGACUUCAGCCAUAAAGGGAUGUCUUAAAAAUCUCUCUCUUUGAAAGCUGAUCUUGUGCAUUCACACUAAAUAAUCCAACCUUGCUCAUCUGUGAAGUCCACUUUCAUGGUAAUUCCCAUUUGAAUUCUGAGGGGUAAGAUGUUGAAGCUAUCAAUUUAUUGAAGUCCACUUUUAACAUAUGCAAUUCAAUUUAGUAUGAAUGUCUAGGUGCAAGAGUUACUGUAAAUGCAAUUGCUCGUUUAUAUUUUUACCUACUAUACAUGGAGCUCGUGAAUCAAAGCUUAUCAUCCAAACUUGCUCUUUUAAUUCUCUCUGAUCCAAUCUGAUUUGUUCAUAUUGUUCUAUCUUUACUUAUUACUGGUAUGCAUGCUUGUCUCUACCUUCUUGUACUUUUGUUUUCUAAUCUUAUGAUUAGUUUUCCCCUCUCAAAUGCUUUGCUUCUUUUUUUCUUUUCCCCCAUAAUUAGUUAGAAAUUCAUUUCACAGGUUUUGUAACUAACAUCAUCAUUCUUUUUCCAUAAUUUCUUUUUCGUCUCUCAAGAUUUACUCUAUGUUGGGGGUGUUAAACUGCACUAUGACAGCAGUAUUUUGAAAAGAACUUAACAUUUUAAGCCUUGGUUUCACACUUAUAGUUUGUUAAUAAUGGCAUUUUGUUUGAUUGAUUAGAUACGUGCAUGCUUCCAUCCUUGCUAAUUAAUAUAUGUCUAAUUGUUUAAGUAAAAAUAUUUGCAUAUGAUGUGGCUAAUUUUGGUAGAGUAUGUUGAAUCAUGUGUUAAAAGCUUGUGGUUUGCCUUGGGGGAAUUAUAACAUCCUGAUCAUUAAUUAGCUUUACUUUGCUAUUCAUUUUGGUUAUUACUUUUUCUUCGUUGGUUAGCCUAUUUUCUUUCUCUGUGUUAUAAUUUGUACUUUAUU